AUGUCCUCAGCUUCAACCAUCCACACGACUGUUCAGUACACCCCAACACCCACCACCACCACCUUCCUCACAACCACCACUUCUACAGAACCACCUUCUACUACUGCAGCUGUGACUGGAACAGAUGUGAUGACCUCUGACAUCCCUGCUGCCACAUUCACUGGAGCAACCACACUGACUCCUACCUCAGUCUUUCCUACACAAUCUCUCGUGACAGAGAUUACAGCCACUUCCCCAAUCGCAUCUUCAGUCCUUGCUACAGAGGCACUGACCUCUGAGAUGUCCAGCUCCUCUUCUCCCACCGUGUGUCAUCACCCACAACCUUUCAAGCCUCACAACUUCAAGCAGCUUUUAUACUGCUGCUACAUCAAAGGCUACAAGCUUCUCAUCUCCCACAAUCACUGGUUUUCUUCCAAAUACUGGAAAUAUCCCGACAAGUUCCCUUGCUGCAAGCAUUCCGGUCACAUCUGCAUCCUCGUCAUCCACAUCUGCCUUCAGUACCGGGACCACACACCCUUCAAGCUUCACAACUUCACGCAGUUACCCUACUGGUGCUACAUCAACAACUGCCACCUCCUCAUCUCUCACAACCUCUGCUUCACAACAUCAAACAGCUACUCUACUGAGACCAUGUACCCCACUGCCACCUCCUCACCUUUCAUUACCUCUGGUGUCUUGGAUACAUCCAUUUCCAUGACACCAUCCGCAUCUAAUACAGACAUCCCCACCGUCAUAGUCACAGCUCUCCAUCUCUCAUCUGCAGGGAACACUGUUCCACUGGCCACAACAACAGAUAUCACCUCAACUCAUAUGGCUUCUAGUGUGUCAGCACCCCAUACCAACAUAAUCUCCUCUUCCCACAAUGUCCAGAACACAGGAACAAACUCUCUUGUCACUAUAUCCCAUCCCACUACUCCCAGUCUGAUAACUACUUUUGCAGGUACUGGAAGCACCCCCGUAAGUUCCCCUGUUAGUAGUAUUGCACUUACACCUGCCACCUCAUUCUCAAUGUCUACUCCAGUAUUGACUUCUGACCCUGGCACUCAAAAUUUGUUCACUACUGGAAUCACUGAUUCUUCACCCUCAUCUCUUCAAACUGUCACUUUACCACCACAAUUCAGUUCUAUCAUGUUGACAUCCCAUGCCCUUAGUGCUAGUUCCAUUCUGUCCACUCCUAAAACCUCUGUUUCUACCCCCACUUUGCUAACCUCACUUACUCCUUCAAGUGGGUCCAGCCCAGAACCAUUCACUAGAGUUAGUACAUCUACAAAUGCAAUGAUUACUUCUUUUGGUACCUUUAUCUCUUCUUCAACAUCAACAGUAAUAAUGUCUUGUUUAUCUUCCACCAGUACCAAUCCAGUUCUCACCAGUAUCACCAACUCUUCUCCUACCUCCUCCAAUAUAUUGAGUACAGAAAAUAUUGGCUCUUCUUCUGUCACAGCCUUUCCUCCUUUCUCUUCAUCUACAACUACCAGAACUUCUCAAACUGUCUCCUUGCCAACCACAACUCUUACUGAAAUUACCCCCUUUUCUUAUAUUUCUCUUCCUUCCACUACACUCUGUCCAGAAACUAUAACCAUUACAAUAGUCCCUACUUCUCCCACUAUUCCAUGUGUUGAAAUCGAUCCCAGUACUGAAGUUACAUCUACUCCCACCAUCCCUUUCUCAGUCUUUCCCUUUACUACCGAAAUGGUCAGUGCUUCUAGUUCCGGAAUAGGAACUAUCCUCCCUACGUAUAUGGACACUUCUACUUUAAUGACUACAGAAACUGAGCCCACCAACUUCAUAACUGAUGGUCGUAGUUCUACUGGCAUGAGGACCACAAUCAUGAAUACAAUUUUGACAAGCACCCAAAUGCCCACCGUUGAGACCUGGCUGAGUACCAUCUCUGUAAACACCCCAAGUAUGCCUUCCUCCCCUGGUUUCCCACUUACUUUCAAACCAAGUAUCAGCCUUCCAACUGCCAUGACUUCAAGCAAGUUGACACAUGCAAUCACACCCAUCACCAGGACUCCAAAGACACCAGCGGCCACCACCCUUACUUCGUCAAGGACAACUUCAACCACUUCUCAGAUGACUACACAGUCAAGAUUGACUACCACCCCAGGAACUUGUGAAAAUGGUGGUACCUGGACACAGGGGCAGUGUAUUUGCCUCUCGGGUUUCUCUGGGGACCGAUGUCAGCAGCAGAAUAUCAAUUGCCAGAAUGAGGGUACAUGGGAUGGCUUCAAGUGCAUAUGCCCCAACACCUUCUAUGGUUCCUUCUGUGAGUUUCCUGUGGAAGAGCUAGAACUAGACACAGUGGAUGCUGAAGUGAGCAUGGAGGUGUCUGUUGACCAGGAAUUCUCUCCAGACCUCAAUGACAACACUUCCAAGGCCUACAGGGAUUUCAACAACAACUUCCAGAAUCAGAUACGGAAGAUUUACCAGAAUGUCCAAGGGUUCCAGGGUGUGAAGAUUCUGUCCCUGAGGAAUGGCAGCAUUGUGGUAGACUAUCUGGUCCUGCUGAAGCUGCCCUUCAGCCUCCAACUGGAAAGCGAAUAUGAGAAGGUGAAGAUGUCUCUGAAGGAGGAGCUCCAGAAUGCCAGCCAGGGCGGGAACAGCUGCCAAAGUGGCCAAACCCUGUGUUUUAAGCCUAACUCCAUCAAGGUGAACAACAACACCAGAACGGAGCUGACACCGAUAGCCAUCUGUCGCCAAGCUGUUGCCAAGGGCUAUGAGGAAUUCUAUUUCCCCUUGGUGGAGAAGAACCGGCUGCGCUGCGUCACCAAUUGCACAUCGGGUUUGGACAGUGCCAUCGACUGUCACCAGGGUCAGUGCUUCCUGGACAAGAGCGGUCCUGAAUGCCGUUGCUUCUCUACGGACACGCACUGGUUCUCUGGCCCACGCUGCGAGGUCUCAAUCCAGUGGAGAGCGCUGGUUGGUGGCCUGGUGGGGGCAACCGCGCUGCUGCUGCUGCUGCUGGGGGCGCUGAGCAUCUGGGUGGUGUGCUGUCGUAGGAAGGACAAGGACCGCCAGCCUCAAAGCUGGUCCUGGACCAAGGACAAAAAAUGGUUUGAAAUCUGGGAUGAGGACACCGUAGGGACUUUUACCAAACUGGGCUUCGAGGAUGACAGAACAGUAAAGGAUGAAAACUUUUAUGUGAACUUGGAGAGCGUGGACACCAACGUGAGGAUGCACACGAAGAGACCUGAGAUGGCUUCAUCCCAGCACUGA